AACUGUGUCAGCCAUCUUUAUUGAUCGUGUUUUGUUAUUAUCACAGUUCUGUAAAUUUGUGUGAAAAUAACAAAAAAUGGCUGAUAAGUACGAUUCAAACGGUGAUUAUGGUACUUAUACUGAAAAUUUUAAACGGAAGAGUAUAUCGGAAAAGUUGAAUGAAACUGGUGAUGGUGAAAACGAUGAAUCUAACCCGGCAGUACAGAAAGCCGGCGAGUAUGUCAGGGAGCUGCUUGCCGAAAAAUUAACAAUUGAUCAAAACAAACAGCCGAAUGCUUGCAGACUGAUCGAUCAAGAGAUAGCAAAGGUGCAGUCGAUAGGAAAGAUCCCGCCGAAAGACGUGAAAUACGUCGACAUUUACAGAGAAAAACCUAUCAAAGUCACUGUGAAAGUUUUAGUUCCAGUAAGGGAACAUCCGAAGUUUAACUUUGUCGGCAAACUGCUUGGUCCUAAAGGCAACUCAAUGAAGCGCCUGCAAGAAGAAACCAUGUGCAAGAUGGCGGUACUGGGCAAAGGUUCAAUGAAAGACCGGCAAAAAGAAGAGGAACUUCGCAACUCUCUCGACCCCAAAUAUGCCCACUUGAGCGACGACCUCCACGUUGAAAUAUCGGCUUUGGGACCACCGGCGGAAGCUCACGCGCGCAUUGCAUUUGCAUUGGCUGAAGUUCGGAAAUAUUUGAUUCCAGACAAUAACGACAAUAUCCGACAAGAACAGAUGAGAGAAAUGGAAAUUAUGUCGUCUUCCGACAUACCGAUCGAAGAACCGAGAAGUUCGAGGCGAGCGCCUGGAAUAAUUCGCGCUGCCAUCCCUCGAACGCCAGUCCCCAUGCGAACAGCCACAAGAACCCCAGUUGUCACGCCAAGAGUGAUGCCAGCAAAAACAAAAAUUAUGUCGAUUCUGGAUAGGGCGCGCAUCGCUAUGGAGGAAAGUUACGGAUUCGAAGACACCUACGAACCUGCGGAAGUUUACGAACCCUAUUCCAGUUCUGUCUCCCAUUCGAGGUCCUAUUCUACCCAUCACUAUGAACCAGAUUACGAACCCGAAUAUUAUAGAGAGAGUUCCAGUUCGUACGAACCAACGCAGCGGUGGAAGUCUUAUAAGACUGCAAGUUCGUCAACUUCUCGUCACAGUGACACUACUCGUUAUCGCACUUCUCCCUACACUCGCCCGAAUAAAUAAGCUUUAGCGUUGAAUUUAACGUUUUCAGUGUAAUACUAAUAACUGUAAUUUAUCAACGUCAUUACUGUAAUUAUUUUGUCACCAAGAACACAAAGAUCUGACCAUUUUAACAAACCGGGGUUGUCUCAUUCGGAGUUAGCGGUUGGGUGGCCACCUAACCACUCAAGCCCACAAUUAGAAUCUCAAUUCGUUUUUUUCUCGUUUACAAAGUAUAAAAGAAGAAGUGUCAAAUCGUUUCCCUUUUCAAAGCCGUACUAAAUAUGUAAUUUAAUAGCGAGACUUAAAUAACCGCCCCUUAAUUCUGAUAAGCGUAAACUUUUAUGUGGAUCCUAAAUGAGAUUAAUGUAACAAAUGUAAAAUGAGCUAUUCUUUAAGAAAAAUAAUGUGAGGAAAUACGUAACGGCUUACAGAAUAGCUCGCUAAAAUUUAAUGUAGAUGUGUAGAUUAUAUCAGUUUAGAUGAAGUAAACUGUAUCGUGUUUUGAAUAAAUAUCGCAUAUGACAAAAAUAUCUCUCGUUAAUUCCCUUAUUAAUAUGAUUUUAAAUUUCUAGUGCACAUACAUCUUUUUAUCAGGUAAAGUAUUAAACCUUAACAUUUUAAACAUCAAUUAAACUGCGCUAAUUCAAUCGUUAAACUUUAAUUUAUUUUAAUCCUAAACACACUGCAUGCUAUUAUUUUUAUUUAAAAUAAACAAUUAUUUUUGUUAGUUUUUAAGAUUCACGAUGUCAUGUAAUAGACAUUUUUUUAUUUCAAAAUUGGACCCUUUCAGAUUACUUUUCCUAUUUAAUAUAAUUUAUGUUAUAUGUAGUUAUUACAUGACU